AUGCAUUGCAAAUUUAAAACGACUUCAUAGGGGAAUGAUAUUCACAAUGCAACUGAAGCUUCCUAUCUCUCAAGUUUCAUCAAGUGAACCUUUGACCUGUGACACACACAUCUAGAUUUUGAAAAUGGGUUACAAGUUCAUUGGUACACGAAAAUGCAUUCAGGAUGUGUUAGACAAUGACUUUCCCCCAUGGAAAAUCGGUAAUGAAUAAAUUAUUAUUAGUUGGUUAAAAACUUUUAAAAUAAAGGCGUGUCCAGAAUCUAUGGCAACAAGAAGUAAUGUCCCUCGGCAAAAAGUCCACAUCAAAAAUCAUCUUUCUUCGUCAAAACCAAAUCGAAAAAACCCUCUAGUUAAUCAUCGAGGAGGAGCGACGCCAUGGAUUUAAUGUCUCAUUGUUCAUCAUUCCUUCUUCCUUGUAUUCCUCAAUCUUCAGAAGAUAAGAAAACUUAUGCUCUCAUACUUCUUAAUCAACCUCUCCCCAAAUUCACACCUCUCUUGUGGAACCAUGCAAAGUUAUGUUUAUGUGCUGAUGGUGGAGCUAAUAGAGUGUUUGAUGAAAUGCCUCUGUUAUUACCACAACAAGAUCCUCUUCUUGUUAGAAACAGGUAUAAACCAGAUGUGAUUAAAGGGGAUAUGGAUUCAAUUAGAACUGAAGUUAAAGACUUCUAUGCAAAUUUGGGAUCCCAAAUAGUGGAUGAAUCGCAGGAUCAGGAUACCACGGAUCUUCACAAGUGCAUAUCAUUUAUUCAGGAUGCUACUCCAAAUGUGGACAAAUCUGAUCUAUGCAUUCUUGUUGCUGGAGCACUUGGGGGGAGAUUCGAUCAUGAGAUUGGAAAUAUCAAUGUUCUUUGUAAAUUCUCAGACAUCCGGAUAGUUCUUAUAUCUGAUGACUGCCUUAUCCAACUUCUUCCAAGGACCCAUCGUCAUGAGAUCAAUAUUUUGUCAUCUGUAGAAGGCCCACAUUGUGGGCUCAUCCCUAUUGCUACAGCCUCUGCAAAAGCCACAACUUCUGGGUUGCAAUGGGAUCUUGAUGAUACUGAGAUGAAAUUUGGUGGGUUAAUAAGUACUUCGAAUAUCGUGAGGGAAGAGAAGAUCACUGUGCAAUCAGAUUCAGAUCUUUUGUGGACGAUAUCAAUUCAAAAACCAACUUGAAGGUUAUGUCCUCCACUUUAAGCCUGCUGCUGAGUUAAGUGAUGCAAAAUAUCUCUCUUUCUUUAUCUUUUGCUUCUUUUCUUCUAGUUACUUGUAUGUAAAUAAAGAAAACCUCCUACAGUAGAUUUGGUUUUAGAGUUGUUUGUUUAUAUAUGUAUAUAAGCACAACAUGUCGAAGUUUAUGUGAUUAGUUGUUUGCUAGUAGAACUGUAAUAUCAGGCGGGUAUUGGCGGUAUUAUAGUUGUCCAAUACUCUUAACUGGUAAUCAAUUUUAGGUUCUGAAAACAAGAAGAGGGGGGCACUGCUUAGGUUUAUUGAUAUUACUAUAUAGGUUUAUAUUAGAUUCAGAUUGGGACUUUAAUUUGUACAAGGAAAGAAUUGAUGGCGGAUAUAUUAGUGACAGUGGAAAUUCUUCUAUUCUGACGCUCGCCUCAUGAAUUGGGUACUGUUGAUGUAAUUCUGCUCUAUGUUAUAAUUGCUUGCUUUU